AUGGCUCCACAACCAACACCAGAACAGAGUUUCCGCACAAACUUGUCUCAGUUUCGCUGGGCGCGGGGAAACACAGACGACUCGCAGGAAGCGCAGGCGCAGCAGUCCGGAGCUGGUGCAAACCCAUUCUCGCGAUUCUACGACGCCAUCGGCGGCGCCUACAUCCCACUACGGUCCAAUGAGCGGUCUAAUGAGGAGGAAGCUUAUUUUGCCUUGUCAAGAUGGGAAAGAUUACUGGGAUUCGGUGCUUGCUUGCUCGGUGCUGCAGCAUGCUUCUUCGUGUCGUUCCUAUAUCUACCUCUAUUGGCUAUCCGACCCGGAAAAUUUGCACUUGCUUUUAGCUUGGGAAGCAUACUCGUGAUGUUCGGUUUUUCAAUUUUAAUUGGACCGGUCAACCACAUCAAGCACUUGUUCUCAAAAGAACGUCUACCGUUUACCAUCGCUUAUUUCGCAAGUCUCGGUCUAACGAUAUUUUUCUCCGUCGGGGAACAUUCAUACCUCGGGUCGCUCAUCUUUGCCAUAGUACAAAUAAUUGCACUUGUUUCGUAUGUACUGGCGUACUUCCCAGGUGGCGUGCAAACAUUACGAUUCGGCUCACAAAUGGCUCUUCGCGGAGCAGGCAGCCUUCUUCCUAUAUAA